UUUUUAGCGAGCACGAGGGCUGUAAGGCGCGCUUGCGGGCCGGGUCGUGCGGAGUGGUGCGGUCAUUGUCCCGGUGCGUGGGGCGCUUGGAGGGUGCAGUGGUCAGUGAGCAGAUCCUCUGGGAAGUACUUUGCGAUUUGCUUUUGCGUUGUGUUCUAGGCAGUAACGAGUUGUGCGAUAUUCGCGGAUCAACAACAGACAGCAUUACGGAGGAGAGGUAGCGAGACGAAGUGCCGCCAUGCCUGAAUCCCAGGACCUGCCCGACAGCAGAAACGGCCACGCAGAAGGGGAGCUGGACCAGCUGGACCUGCGUCCCAUCACCCUGGAUGACAUCAGGGUGGACCCGGACAGGAAACAGCUGGACGACAGUGAGAUCGUCGAGUGGAAGAAGCGGAACCACUUCCUGUCGGCGGCGUUCGGCAAGCGCAAGAGAGUUACCAAGCUCCGCUCAGACCACAAUCUGUGGAACAGGGCGCUGUCCAAGGUGAACAGCGUGGGUGACACGUGGGACAACUUCGACGUGGAUGGUGUGAAGACGGAGCGGGCGCUGCGGCAUCGGUACCGGGCGCUGACCUCCACAUGGGUCACCGACGAGGUCAGCGUCAAGAUGGAGCAGCAGGAGUUCAACGCCGGUGCCAUGCGGCGCUGUUUCCGCGCCAAGAAGCUGAGCAACUUCUGUCACCUUGACGUGUGGCAUCGCGAGAGCAACAACUACGUGGCCAAGUCCUACAUGGUGCCCGUGGACCGGCGCACCUACUUCGACGACGUCAAGCUGCAGAUGGAGGCGAAGCUGUGGAGCGAGGAGUACAACCGACACAACCCUCCCAAGAAGGUGGACAUCAUGCAGAUGUACGUGGUGGAGAUGAUUGACCGCGAGGACAGGCCGCUGUUCCAUUUCGAGCACUUCAUGGACGGCCACUACGUCAAGUAUAACUCCAACUCUGGCUUCGUGCGCGACGAGAACCUUCGGCUGACGCCGCAGGCCUUCAGCCACUUCACGUUUGAGCGGUCAGGUCACGAGCUGGUGGUGGUGGAUGUCCAAGGCGUGGGGGACCUCUACACCGACCCUCAGAUUCACACCGCCGACGGAGAGAGCUACGGCGACGGUAACCUGGGCACACGCGGCAUGGCGCUCUUCUUCCACUCGCACGUGUGCAACGCCAUCUGUCGCUCGCUCAACCUAACACAGUUUGACCUGGCGGCCACCGAGAGCAAGGAACUCUCCGCCCAGAUCCAGCAGCAGCACCGCUGCAAGACAGUGUCGCGCGGCCGGGAGGAGGUGUGCGCCUCACCGCGCGAGCACGCGUUCGACCUGCACGAGUUUCUGCGGCGCCGCUCGUCCAGCUCCGGCUGCUGGAGCGGCGAGGACCCGGCCAGCCCGCUG